GUCCCCACUAUUUAUCCGAAGUCUCCCUCCUCGGCGCAGUCUCUCUUCGCCACCGGCACGGAUCUGUCGUUCUCGAAAAGGCUCAGCAGUCGGUCACCAACUGAACAUGGCUCGUGUCUCUUUCAAAACGGACAAACUACGUUUUUCGAGCACACAAACACAAAGGGACCUAGUUUUAAAAAUGUAUUAACAUUUAACCAACUUAUAAAAGUUUCCUAGUCUUGUUCAAUAAUGAAAAAGUGUCCUUUCGAGGCCGAUGCUACAGCCGGUAAAACAAUGAUGUAGCAUAGAAUAAGACUUUCUUAAAUAGGUUUAAAUAAGACCACUGGCCCGGACAGGAUUUAAAGGGCGGGGUUGUGAAAUGGAGGAGAAGACCACCACGACCACGACCACAACAACCACCACCAACAGCACAACAAAUAACAAUGCCGCCGAAGCGAAGCCGACUGAGAAAAGCGCCGAACAGAUUCGGAUAGAAUUCUACAAAACCUACGACGUUAUGACAGGAGUUCGAAUAGCGGCGACGUUAGGUGGAUUUUUCAGCUUGAUGGUCCUUCUGGUCGUCUACAAGACGAAAUGCAAGUCGAGAUCCAUCAGCGAGGAGAAUCUCGAGGCGACGGUUGCGGCUGCUGUGGUCGAGGAAGAACAGUUCGCCCAUUCUCUCGAAAAGGCCCACGAAUUCUACACACCGCACAUUCCCAUCCACGGUUUCCACGCGAAACGUCCGACGAGGUUCUCGUCCGUCGGAGGAGGGUACAACAUGUUCACGCCCCCGGUCCGCCUCGGCCACUCGCUCCGGGGGAGGGUCAGCCUGCCGACAUCCUCGCCAUACGUCUAUCCGACCAUUUUCCAGCCGAGGCACCUCAUAGACAGCCCGCCACCCAAAGUUUUCAGAGAGGACGAAGAAGACUUCGAAUCGUACCGUCGAUCCCAGAACCUGUUGAGGGUGCCGUCGAGCCGACGGAGCUCUAGGAGGCUCAGUUCCAUCACAUGCUCUAGUUGUGAUACGAGCUACCUGGAAAGGAGAGGAUCAGCGAUCGAGAUGGGCCGUCCGAUACCGCCUCCUUUCGUCACCGCGAACAAAGACAGACUUGUCGAAGAAGAGCCUUGGGAUUUCUACUACCCGAUCGACAUACAAGUGAUACAACCGACGCCGGUGAUGUCUCCGGCGGAAUCGCAAGUCUUGGUGUACGAUUCGAUGGGACAGCGGCCGAUGCUGUGCGUGCCGAGGUCAUCUGCUACCGCGCCCCUGGCGUCCAUCAGCAGCUGCAGGUUACCCAGCAUCGAGCAGGACAGCCAUUCCGUCGGUUCGGACUCGGUUUUCUUGGACGAAGAACUGGUCGACACGGAGGACGAGGUGGACGAAUUCUCAACGGAUAGCGAUGCUGAUAAUUUGGAAUGCAACAUUCCGUCCAAGCCGUCGGAAGACGGCAGUAAAAACAUACCGCUGUGUUCCAAACCGUUAAAAGAUCAUUCGAGAGUUUACAGGGUACCUACACGUAGAUUUUCUUCGCCGAACUCUAGUAAAAUGUGUGGCGUUAGUUAUUUUCAACAGGCCGACAGUGCAAAUGAUAAUAAGCGUUUUUUCUCGUCUUCUCGCCUAGCUAAGCACGGUAAAAACAGUUACAAGACUUCCAGCGAUAGUGAUACCAUUCAUGUCAACAGAUUAGACAAACAAUUGUCUUCUAAUGGUGGCCAAAUGUCGAAAAAUAUUCCGAGGACGAGUAUGAGUGCAUCGUGCGAUCAUUUAGUCAAAGCUCUACAAGAGCAUUCCUCCCAAGGGGAUGUUACAUUAAAAGUAGUCGAACAUUGCACUUGGUCGCAAGAAACUUUAUUUUAAUUUUAUUUUGAAAUAAUUACACCCCCUCCUGAAUUAUAUAUACAGGACAAUACGGAAUUUAAAAAUAAUAAAAUCAACUCACUACAAUGUUUAGAUUGUUAAAUUAAUUAAUUCAGUUUAAAAAAAGUACUAUUAACGGGUGAAUAAACCGAUUAAAACAAAACGGGGAUAUUUGAUUUUUUCCGUAAUAUGUGUGAUAUUCUUCGAUGAGAAAUAUAUUUUACUAAAUUAUGAUUUUAUGGUAUUCAAAAGGUUCAAAAGGAAAAUGAUGCGAUCAAAAUUAAAAAGGAUUUGUUUUUCCAUAGCAUUGUUGGGCCAGCAAAAUAAAACGAACACAUACUUCCUCGGAUGGUUAUGUCAGAAAAGUAUAACAAAUUUUCAUGUAUUGUUGUGUAUAACAAAUAUAAAAAUCUCUCAAAUCAA